AUGGGCUCCCUAGACACGCUACUUCCAUUAAUAACUCUGACAUCUAUAAUACUAACCGCCGCCAUAUUAUGCCUUCCUUCACGAAAUACACAUUCGCAUACGCAAGGGAAAGAAAAGAAGGGUCGGGUUGCUGUUUUGGUUCUUGGUGAUAUCGGCCGAAGCCCUCGCAUGCAGUACCAUGCCUUAUCACUUGCUGCCAACGGCUGGGCUGUGGAUCUAAUCGGAUACGACGAGUCUACGCCUCGUCCAGAAAUUCUAUCGUCUCCCAACAUCAGAAUAAUCCCCCUCCCGCCUCCGCCCCCUGUACUCGGGGUCUCCUCGAAAGCUCUAUUCCCGAUAAUCGCUCCGUUUAAGGUUCUUUUCCAGCUUUCGGCUUUGUUUUAUCUUCUUUUCUACAUCAUUCGCCCACCUUCCUACAUAUUGGUCCAAAACCCGCCUUCGAUACCGACGCUUAUCGUAGCUCGUAUCACUGCUUUUGUCCGAAAUUCGCGGUUAGUAAUUGACUGGCACAACUUUGGAUAUUCAAUUCUGGCGUUGAAAUUGGGGGACGACCAUCCACUCGUCAAGAUAUCGAAAUGGUACGAAACAAAAUUCGGAAAUUCGGCAUACGCCAAUUUUACGGUUACAGACCAAAUGAGAAAAGUGCUACGGCAAGACUGGGGUAUCACCACACCGAUUCUCGCACUCCAUGAUCGCCCCCCGACCAUCUUCCAGCCACUCGAUCACAAGCAGCGCGACGCUUUUCUCUCUACUCACCGUCUAACGGCGCAAAAUGUGCCAUUCGACAAUACAAAAUUACUUAUUUCGUCCACUUCUUGGACACCAGAUGAGGAUUUUUCUAUUCUCUUUGCCGCUCUCCAAUACUACACAACCACUGCAAAAAAAUCACCAUCAUCAGCAAAACUGCCUAACAUCCUUGCAGUCAUCACGGGGAAGGGCCCUCUAUUAAAACACUACGAACCAUUAAUAAACGAGUUGAACGAGUCAAAAUCAUGCGUUACCAUCCGGACGGCGUUUCUACCAGCAGAGGAGUACCCAAAACUCCUUGCAAGUGCAGAUUUAGGCGUAUGCCUACAUACGUCGUCCUCCGGUGUAGACCUACCCAUGAAGGUUGUGGAUAUGUUUGGUGUAGGCAUACCGGUUGCCGCCGUUAAGUUCGAGGCUAUAGGCGAGUUAGUCAAGGAUGGUAUUAAUGGUGUUGUCUUUGAGGCUGGAGUAAACCCAGGACAAACAAAAGGAGAGGAGCUCGGAGAGACCCUUGUGAGGUUAUUUGGGGAUAGUAAUGAAUUAGAAGUUUUGAAAGAGGGAGCGAUGAAAGAGGUUGAAAGGCGCUGGGAGGGCGAGUGGGAUGAGAUUGCAAAGGGAGUAUUCGAAGGCAAGGCGAAAUCGCAAUGA